CUCGUCGAAAAUGUUUAAGGUGUUUAUUUGACCAUGUAAGCUGCUGUUUUAUUUAAUAGUGUCUGUGGAAGAACGUAUAACACACACGCUUUAUAAUUAAAACGUUAGAUUAACGAAGCUUUCGAUGGGUGCUGCAGGAUUUGCUUUUGUGUGGACUGAGAGUGUCGUUCUGAAGAAAUGCUGGUCCAAGUCGAGUGUAAAGGGAACCCGAAAUGGAUCCGAAUACCAGAGAAAAAUGACUGUUUUGACUUCUGUGGAUUCAUUAAAGAAGCUUCAGCAAAGUUCAGCUUGCCGCAUGGAGCCAAUGUGGUUCUGAAAGACUCUGCAGGAGUUGAUGUUGAUGCUGAUAUUUUUGAUGAGCUUGUGAGAACAUCUAAGGUGUCCUUCAAAAUUUUGGAUGGUGAUAACAAUAAAUCGGAUAAUGUUCCACAAGCUGAGAUCGAUCUCUCUGAGCCCUCAUGCCCUGGGUCAUCGUUUUCAUCAAUAGAAUCAGAAAGUUCGGAGUCCACAGUGAUUCCACAAUCUUCAAAGGCAUCCAAAAAGCGAUUCUUAGAAGAACCUUCUGACUGCAAUGCGUCAAAAGAUCUAGUUCAUGCAGCGCUACACUCAAAACCAGGAGGCUCUGAUAUAUUGAAGGAGUAUGAACAAACAAGUAGCCUGUCUGACAAGACACGAAAGAAGCUGGUAAACAUCCUUGUGGCUGAUAUGGUAGAGAAGUAUGGGAGGAUUCCACCAGUCAGUAUCCGUUUAAGCUACGCUCUUGGGAUCAUAACCUUGUUCCCCAAUUUGAAGGAUAAGUGCUCACCGACUGGUUAUGAACAUUACUAUGAUCCACGCAGUGGCCAGGGUUACAUUGCCUACAGAUUGAAAACUGUUCAGCGCAACUCUGUAAAUAACUUGAAGGGGGCAUCCAAGGUGGUUUACCAAGAUGGUCCAAAGACUUUGCGCAAGACAUCUUCAGCAACUGAGCAGCUGUCAGGUGACGAAUGCACAGAAGCUAUAUCCAUGAUGAAGCAUUCAACGGACACACCAGUUAUUAAGGAUAAAAUGAGGACAACAUUCAAGUACAGGCAGAAUUUGAUACAUGAUCCAGACAAAUCUUCACUCAUCCUUGAUUACUUUCCCCGAUUUUUGGAUACACCAGGCUUGAUUGACCAAGACUUUACUAUGCUUUCUGGAGAUGACAUCUCAAGCAAAUUUAUUGCAAAAUGGCCAACAUUCUACAAGCAAAGAGUAAUUGCUGACUGCAAAAACCUGCACCCUGGUGCACAUGUGGAUGACCUUCUGUCUGCUCUGGAGGAGUGUGAUUGUGGAUGGGACAGUGAUGUGGCAGCUAUUCUUCUGCUCAUUCAUCUUUUGCCUCCGACUGUAAAAGGAAGGAAGACUGGGAAAAUCAGUGCAACUGAAGCAGCUGAUCAUAUUGUAAAGUUCAUUAAGGUGGGGACGAGCGUCAAGACAUUUCUUGAACAAAUUGGAUCUACACAGCCCUUUCUCCUCUGUGUUGGAGAAAAGAGGAGUAUCAUUCAGAAGUUUUACAUCAUCCUGGACCAGAAGGCCAUUCCCUGCAUGACUCAGACAGCUGUUGCAGCCUUUGAUGAACUCUUUAAGGCGCACUUUGUCUUUGCCGUGUCGUAUGAUGAGGCCUUGUGCAACUUCUACACGUUCAUUCAAACAACAGUGUAUGGCAUUGAUGUGGGCACUGCCAAGGAAAGUCCAAGGGUCAAGGAAAUCCGAGUGAGAAUUGAAAACACUGAGGUGUGACUCCCCUCCCCCCCAGCAUCUUGCUCAAAUGUUCUCAUGCUUCCUUUGCAAGGUACACCACAGAAGUUGUUCAAGUUUGUUUCAGCAUCUGAAGUUUCAUCAUGGUUUGUACCCAGGGCGUUCAUUACGGUUGAAAUGUGGCGAACCUGGAUGUUCAUCUGUGUUUUAUACAUAUUAUGGGUUCAAGAAACAUAUCGUUGGAGUCCACAGAGACUGUGUAGCCUCAGGUACUGCUGAGAAUUUUGGCAGUAGUAUCACUGUUCCGGUUUCUGAUGCCCUAAGUGAGGAUCCUCCAGUCACUUUUCAGACUCCUGUUGAAAAUCGGCAAGUAACUGAUAUGUGUAGUGCUAUUGUUGCUCAAGUACAAGCAGCUGGAGUUUCUGAAAGCACUGUUCAAUGUUUAGUUGGUUCAAUGGAAGAACUUGUAAGUGAUGUUCAUGCUCAGGCAAGAGACACUGUUCUAAAAUGUCUUUCAUCAGAGGUACCUGGGCAAACUCUAGACAAAGUUAAAGACUGUUUUAGCCAGCUCGAAAAUCCUUUCUCUUGCCUUAAUACUGAAAAAAAGAGGCAAAGACACUUUGAGAAAAAAUGGAAAAUCGUGGAACCAGUGGAAUAUGUUCUUGGUGUGCGUUAUGAUGUGCGCAAAGAUAAAACUACAGGCUUAUACAGUCAAGUUCCUGUCAAUGACAAAUUUAUCUAUGUGCCCAUUUUAGGAACUCUCGAGUCUAUGUUUACAAAUUCUGAACUUUGCCACUUUUUCCAGCAGGUUAAAAGUCAUCAAGAUGGUAUUUACAAAGACAUUAAUGAUGGUUCUUACUUCAAAAAGCACAUGUUAUUUGGUCAAAAAGAGCAUGCUCUUCAAAUACAGUUAUAUUAUGACGAUUUCGAA